AUGGGUGAGAUGAUUCCACCUCAUGUGAAGAAACUUUGGGACAAAUGGAACAUUCGUGGAGUCAUAAUACUCAGUCUCUUCCUCCAAUCUAUCCUCAUCUUCUUUGCACCGAGCCGGAAACGCACAGCAAAGAAGCUCUUCCUUGUGCUCAUAUGGUCAGCUUAUCUCCUUGCCGAUUGGGCCGCUGAUUACGCGGUCGGACAAAUCUCAGACAGCCAAGAAGAAGAAUCUGAAAAACACACCAAGAACCGCGAGCUGCUAGCUUUUUGGUCACCGUUCCUUCUCUUGCACCUUGGAGGUCCAGACACCAUCACAGCACUUGCUCUAGAGGAUAACGAGCUUUGGGACAGACAUUUGUUCAGCCUCGUCUGCCAAGCCAUCGCUACUGUCUAUGUGAUCCUGUUGUCUAUACCGAACAGGCUUCUGAUCCCAACAGUGAUCAUGCUUGUGGGCGGAGUGAUCAAGUAUGUCGAGAGAACAGCUGCGUUGUUCUCAGCGAGUCUUGACAAGUUCAAGGACUCUAUGCUUCAGAAGCCUGAUCCUGGUGCUAACUACGCCAAGCUCAUGGAGGAGUACGCAGCUAAGAGGGACAUGAACAUGCCAACGGAGGUGAUUGUAGUGGAAGAUCCAGACAAAGGACGAGAAGGCAAUGCUCCAGUUAGGCCCAUCAAUGAUCUCACCGCGCUUCAAGUUGUUCAGUACGCUUACAAGUACUUUAACAUCUUCAAAGGUCUUAUCGUUGAUCUUAUCUUCACCAACAAACAACGAGACGAGAGCAGGAAGUUCUUCGACUCGCUGAAGCCAGAAGAAGCUUUAAGUAUCAUAGAAGUCGAGCUCAGCCUCAUCUACGACAGCUUGUUCACCAAAGCAGAGAUUCUUCACAACUGGACCGGGGUUGUGUUCCGGUUUAUAGCAUUGGGGUGCCUUGUCGCGUCUCUAUGCCUCUUCAAAAUGAAAAAGGAAGAUCAAUACGAUGGGUUCGAUGUUGCUCUCACGUACGCGUUGCUCAUAUGUGGAAUAGCUCUUGAUUCCAUCGCUCUCCUCAUGUUCUGUGUAUCUGAUUGGACCAUCGCUAGAUUGAGGCUCCUAAAAGAGGACAUGGACGAGAAAGACACCAAGGCAGAUAGAGUCCUCAACAGGAUCGCUGAGUGGAUCCUCGGUUUCAGGACACUGAGGUGGAAAACAUCCGGAGAUGGACAUCAAGUGCUCAACAGAAACUUCAUGUUCCGAAGAUGGUCUGAGUAUGUUCAUGCUUACAACUUGAUUGGAUACUGCUUGAAGAUACGUCCCAAGAGAAUCCAUCACACCAAGGGAAAGAUACACAUUUUCUUUCACAAGAUCUUUAACGUUUUGUGCAUAGACAUUGUCAUCAACAAUGCCACAAGAGGAAUCAAGCUCUGUUUCAGAUCCAUAACACAAGGAACUCGCCGGUUGCAUAACUCGAUAGACCGAAACUUGACCAAAGACAACCGGAUGAUCCGUACGGUUAGAUGGUUUAUCCUUUUCUGGUUUGUGCUUCCUCACCUUCUCGGACUUUUGAUCAACGAGGUCCUAGACUUUUUCGGCACCAAAGAUUUGGUUGAAGAGAUAAGAUUCACAACCAGCGACCGCCUCACGAGAGAGCUAUGGGAGUUCAUAUUCAACCAGGUGAAACACAAACAACGUUUCGCUGAAGACCAAGAAAGUGCAAAGGGCAUAUCUUCAGCUAGAGGAGACUGGACUUUAGUCGAUACAUCAAGCAGAAAUCCAACAGACCACACGAAGCUUCUCCGCUAUGUGAGGGAGAAAGACUACGACCAGAGCAUUCUACUGUGGCACAUCGCUACAGAGCUCUUCUACCAAAGCCAAACAGGCGAAGAAGAAACCAAAGAGAAGAAGCAAGAUUACUACACUAACCGAGAGUUGAGCAAGAUCUUGUCAGACUACAUGAUGUACCUUCUCAUGAUGCAGCCGACUCUCAUGUCAGCUGUUUCCGGAAUCGCAAAGAUACGUUUCAGAGACACAUGCGCAGAGGCGAACGAGUUUUUCCAGAGGAGGCACAUCAAGAAAUCAACUCGCGGGAAAGAAGACGUCGUGAGAGAAGCGAGCCGAGCGAUUCUCUCUGUGAACACAGACGUUGAGCCUAUGGAUGUGAAAGGAGACAGAAGCAAGUCUGUGUUUUUCGAUGCGAGCGUGCUUGCCAAGGAGAUGAUGAGGUUGGAGAGUGGAGGAGAGAAGAGCAUGUGGGAGGUUGUGAGCAAAGUUUGGGUUGAGUUGCUUUGCUUUGCUGCGACUCAUUGUGACUCCAAAGAACAUGCUUCUCAGCUUAGCAAAGGCGGCGAGCUCAUCAACUUUGUGUGGCUUUUAAUGGCUCAUUUUGGUCUCGGAGAUCAGUUCCAGAUCAAUAGAGACGAUGCAAGAGCCAAACUGAUCGUUGCCAAGUGA